UCGAAACCGAAAACCCCACAAAAUCGUCAAAACUCGCCAAUAGAGCGGAUGUGUGUAGCAGAAGUUAACCCAAGUGGGGGAUUCAAACCGAUUUUGUUGAGCUGAUACCACAGACUCUGCUGCUGCCCGUUAGAGUGACGGUUUUUGGGCGAGCUUUGAAUGGGAAAUGAAUUGAAAAUACGAUACCGAGAUGCUGAUUGUUUGAAGCUCCAACGACGCUCGGGUGGACAGUGAUUUCUGCAAUCAAAGCCAAAGCUUUUCGCGAACGAAAAUUGAAUUACGGCGGCCAGUUUUCUUAUUGUUUUCCAAUCGUCCUGAGGAGCUGCGAAAGCAGGACACCCCAAGGAGUGGCGACGCGUGUGCAAAUCGUGUCCAAAAACAAAACAGAAAAAAAAAACAAAGAUUUUUGGCGAAAGGCUGAAAACUGAGCCUCUCGUAAGCGCUGCAGCCUGGUGCGUGCCGAGAGCAGCAGACGAAGAAAACGGUCAGCAGAAGACACAAAACACAAUAAAAAAACAACAAACCAGCAGCCGCUGCCGCUGCCGCGAUUUCUUCUAUUUAUUAUUCGCCCCAAAAAGCGCCAACAAAAGCAAACAAACCGAAUCGCCGCCGAAAAUAAAAGCUACUACUUCGUGCCACAACAACAAGCGCAUACCGCAUCAAUAAACCAUCAAAAUCAAGAAAUAUACAAAUAAUUAGCAGCUGCCUGUAACAAUCGAGUAGUUAUAGUUGUUGUUGCCAUCAUUACGGCCGCUUUCGAGGGGAGUGUAUAUGUGAUCUACCAGUUAUCAGCACAAAAAACAGCUGCAACAUGCGUUUCGAACCUUUGGGCCAGAAAAUGUUCACACGCCGCAACUGGCUGCUCCGCUGCAGCAUUCUCAUCAAUGUGGCAGUGAUCCUGUACAUUGGCAGCCAGUUGAUGAUUGGUGGCGGUAACAACUUUACAAACGGAGGGAGCUUUCUGCUGCAGGAUCAGCAGGCGGCUUCCAUCGUGCAGGUGGCACCAGGAUCUUCGGCGGCACAAGUCCAACAGCCACAAGUCACGCCAAAAAACCAGAAUCAGGUUGAAAUCUUCGAGUCUGAGGAGAAAUCGCUGGCUAAUCUCAAUGCUCAAGCUGCGGUGGCAGGACCAGUAGCACCGGCGUCUGAUGCUGCAGCGGCUCCGCUCCUGACCAAUGGCAGUGGCGGUGGAGCUGCUGCCCUGGCGGAUCCCGCCCAGGUGGUCGACAAUAUUGCUGGAGGAGGAGCGGCUGCGCCACUGGGGGGUAACCCGGAGGUGAACAACACACAGUCCGAUGGCUAUAUAGUCACUGGCGACGAGAAGGAGCUUGAAGAGCGGGUGCGCUCCUUGAUCAACUGUUACGACCACGACUACCACCAACAGACCCUGCAACGGGGCGACUUCUGGGUCCUGCAGAACUACGUCCAGGCGGAGCACGGAGAAGUUAAGUGCCAUGAGUCGAUCACCUACACGACUCACGCCGACUACACCUUCCUGGACAACCUUGUGCCACUGCUGGAGCGCUGGAACGCCCCGGUGAGCAUCGCCAUGCAUGCGCCCGGCACUGACUUCCAGCCUACUGUGGACUCGAUCCGGUAUUUGCGGGACUGUCUACCCAAUAGCCACCUGGUGCGGGCCUACACCACCUUCCACAUCUACUUCGGCACCAAGCACAUCCCCAAAUCGGUGCCCAAGCCUCAUGACGUACUGAAGACGGGCUACAACUGCACGCUUCCGCCUCCGUACUUCAACGUCAGCUCUGGCCACCUUUACAAGGCUCAGAAGAAGCUUCUGUAUCCGGUGAACGUGGGUCGCAAUAUUGCUCGCGAUGCGGCUCUAACCCACUUUAUCCUGGCCUCUGACAUUGAGCUGUACCCGAACCCGGGGCUUGUGAAAAAGUUUCUUGAGAUGAUUGCCCGCAACGAGCAGUACUUGAGGCGCAAGGCUCCCAGAGUGUUUCCUCUGGCCAUUUUCGAAGUGGAAGAGAACUCUCCAGUUCCUCAUGACAAGACCGAACUGCAGGAGUUCCUUCGCACUGGCAAAGCCAUACCCUUCCACAAACGCGUUUGUGCCAGUUGCCACGGUGUGCCAAAGUCCAAGGAAUGGAUGUCGGCCAAUGAGACAGACGAUCUCAGUGUGUUCCACAUAGGCAAACGCACUGGAUACUACGUGCACUGGGAGCCGAUCUACAUUGGCACACAUGCUGAUCCGCAUUACGACGAACGGCUCAGCUGGGAGGGAAAGAGCGACAAGAUGCCCCAGGGCUAUGCGCUAUGCGUUCUGGACUACGAAUUCCACAUACUAGACAACGCAUUCCUGGUGCACAAGCCUGGCAUCAAAGUGUUGAAGAAGGACAACCGACGGGCCAUGCUGUCGGGCAAGACGAACCAACUGAUCAGAAAGAUCAUCUAUCCAGAACUGAAAAUAAUGUACGGCAUGCGCAAGGGAUGUGCGAUAUAGUAACUAAUCAUGAAACUGAGCUGAGCUCACCCAGACUUGAGCAAGACGAAGAAGAAGAAGGCGAAAAGACUUCAACCAACUACACUAUUACUAUUUGCAAUGCUAUAGAUAGAUAGACGGCGACGGCUCGAUAGAUUUCAAUUCAGCCUAUGGCAUAGGGAGCGCACUGCAAGUGUGUAUCUUUCAAUUAGCUAGAGACUUAGCGUUAGGACUAUUAGAGUAUUACGUAGUAAGCCUUAGCUAUAGGUCGUGUCGUGUCUUGUCACCUGUUGGUUUAUUCUGCGAUCGGGGUUCUUGUUAGUAGCCUGCAGAGCCUUGGUAGCGAAGCUUACGUACGUUUAACGUAAUUAGGUAUGACGCAGAGUAGGGAGUUAAGUAAAUAUACCUGCAGGAUUAAGGAAGAUUUUCUGAUGGCCAAAUAUGAGCAGCGUAUGAGCGUGAAGUAGCCACAACUGGACUUAUUCUAAUUCCAUAGACUUCCUGUAAAUAUUAACGCGAAUUGAGAGUCGCACGGUGGACACCCCCUGCUCUCUGGUAAUCCGAGACUGGAGAGUUCAGUUAACGGACUCCCACUACUCAUAGGCAGUCAUUUUUCAGUUACUAUUCUAGCCCGUUAACUUAAGUUUAGUGUUUAGUUAGCCGAAUUUUCCAUUACUUAUUACGUAUUACGUAUCCACAAGAAUUAGUUCUUUACUUUUGUCUUUCCUUAACGAAAUACUCAACCAGAAAAAUGAGGAACUCAACUUUUAUACCCGCAGGCGACAUGCCCAGCAACAGUCUAACCAUUUUAUGUCUGAAUUCUCAUGGUUAUUUCUAAUUUCUAACAUACACUUGCAAAUCCAUAAACAUUUUCUUGGCAAUGUAGACUUACUACAACGACCAAAACGUAGAUUAGACCGACUACCGGGCCAAAAUAAUUUGUAUUUAUUAAUUGACUUCAAUAGACGAGGUUUAAAGUGUUGAAUUGCUAUCUAUUAAAUAGACUUUGAGAAAUAAAUCGAAUAAAAAUAAAAAAAUAAAAUAAGUAAAAAUAGAAGGCUAAAGAUGAGUUUCAAGAGAACACAAAUAAUAUAUAACUUAUGUAAUAGUACACACUUUGAGAAUUGAUUUGUUAAAAUAACACACACACACACUGAAUGGUAGUCAGGACAAUUAUUGCAAUUGUAGAUUACAUUUCAAUAAGCGUAAAUGCAAACCGUGAUAUUUGUACUAGUAAAAGCAAGAUGGAUAUGUUAAAAGUAACUGAUAAGCAGUGGAGGGAAAGAUCAAGAUUGAGAUCGAGGGCAGAGACAUCAAACUAAGCGUAAAAUGAAUUUUGGAUAUGUUUUUUAUUAGUGUUGAACAUUAAGUCAAACUUGUGCACAUAGAAUUGUUGAAAACAUAAUUAUAUUGAAUUCGGAUUAGCGAUUCGAAUUUCAGAUAAAUGCUGAAGAUUUUGGUUGAGUAGGCCUUAUCACAAUUAAGAGAAAAGUAAUAAACAAACCUAAGCUAUCUUAUUUUCUAUGAAUAAGGAAUUAAUUUAGUCUUUAGCUGGAUAGCUGGAAUUAAAAAAUAUUUGCGAAUGAUGUUGAAGAAACCAUUUGAGAGUGACUUGGGAACAACUUGCAACAAUUGAUGUUUGUAUUUUUUGACGAAAAUCCCCUAAAUGCUUUAUUUCAAACAUUUCCUGACCAAGUCCUUGUUUAAUUUAUUCGCUAACAACACAUGGUAGGAUUGGUCGAGACCUAUAAUACAUAUUUUCCAUUAGUAUAACUCAAAUAUCAGUAGCCGUAAUGAAAAUUGUUGGAAACGUAGCCAAGAGCGGAUAAACCAUAUAAGUAAAUACACAAAUUGGAAGAAUGUAUUUGAAUAAAGAAAUGUAUAAAAGUGCCUUAGAAAAAUCGAAAAAUAUUGAAUAUUUUUAUGAACCACUAAUCGAUGCAGCUGGAAUUAAGAAUUUUCUGAGUUAAUUGGCAUAUUUUUUUACGACAAGGAAGUCUUUCGCCUUGCCUGGAUCACGCGAAGAAAAUCAUUUUCCCAAAAUCAAAAAAUUACGCAAUGUAUUAAACGGUAUUUGUAAAAAAUAAAUAAAUUUUUAUUUGUAUAUAGUUAGUAAUUUAAAUCUUUGCGUCGUUACUUAAUGAGUCUUCUUAAUAUUACCCAGCCUGCCAAUUGUUUGUUGAAUUCCAUUUACUUUACGAAAAAUGAUUUAGUUCUACACUUAUUUGAUUAAACCUUGGCCUGAUUUGACCAAUUAUCUCUAAUUGCAGAAAUUUGACUUAUUCACAUAGGCCUAUCUUAAUAGGAAUAUAAAUAUACGUAUAUUUUUUGUAAGAGUUAAGUGCAAAUCUGCUGAGCAUGGACUAAUAGCUAAAAUUUAAGAAAACAUAAAAACACGAACAUUAAAAAACUAAAGAGAGUUUACAUAUAAAAUUGUCAAAAUAAAGAAACAUCAUUUUCAAACAA